AUGGGUUUCACCGAUCUCCUCACCGAUGCUGGCCUUUCCGUCCUGAACAGCUGGGUUUCCACCCGCUCCUACAUCGUUGGAUGCCCCUCACUAACGUCUGCCCCGCCAAACUCCAGCUACUCUGCCACCCAGGCCGACGUCACCGUCUUCAAGGCCCUCAAGGAGGCUCCCAACGCCGCCAAGUACCCCGCUGCCGCCCGCUGGUACAAGCACAUUGCUACAUUCGAGGAUGAGUUCGCCACCCUCGAGGGCGAUGCCGGCAAGCCCUACACCGUCUACGGCCCUGAAGUCGCCGAGGUCACCCUGAACCCCGCCAAGGCCCCCGCCGCCGAGGACGACGACGAUGUCGACCUGUUCGGCUCUGACGACGAGGAGGAGGAUGCCGAAGCUGUCCGUAUCCGCGAGGAGCGUCUGGCCGAGUACCGCAAGAAGAAGGAGAACAAGCCCAAGGUCGCUGCCAAGUCUGUUGUUACCCUGGAUGUUAAGCCUUGGGAUGACGAGACUGAUCUGGCUGCUAUGGAGGCUGAAGUCCGUGGCAUUGAGAAGGACGGUCUGGUCUGGGGUGCUUCCAAGCUGGUCGCCGUCGGCUUCGGUAUCAAGAAGCUGCAGAUCAACUUGGUCGUUGAGGACGACAAGGUCUCCCUGGACGAGCUCCAGGAGCAGAUCCAGGAGUUCGAGGACUACGUCCAGUCCACCGAUGUCGUCGCCAUGCAGAAGUUGUAA